AUGAAUUUUGACGAUGACGAAGAAAGCGGUAACAACAUCCCUCAAACUUCACCAUUGCUUAGCAUGGACAAAUUAGCCUCUCACCAUAUCAAACAAGCAGAGGAUGCGUUAAGUAGGUUGAAGUCGGAAGUUGAUCAACCAGGAUGGAAAAAACUUUUAACACACAGACAUGGUGUGGUGGUUUAUGGUAAAUCUGAUGACAAAUUACCUAUUUUCAUGGGUGAACACAUUAUCAAAGGAUUUGCACCACAAUCCGUUUUUGCUGUUAUCGGAACGAGAAAGUUGUGGGAUGAUUGGUAUGAGGAAGGGAAUUUGGUAGAGAAUUUGAACGAAAAUACCAGUUUAACCUAUAUCGUAAUUCAAGCAUUGGCCGGAUCAAAAGCUAGAGAUUUGUCACUUGUGGAAAAGAUUGAGUGCACGUUAGAGGGAAAAAUUUAUUUCGUAUCAACAUCGGUCAACACACCAAAAAUCCCACACAUUUCAAAUAGAAUACGUGCUCACAUUCAUCUUAACGGUUGGAUUCUGGAACCAUUAUCAUACAAUCCACCAGCCACAAAAAUUAAUUACAUUCUUCAAGCCAAUGUUAAGGGCUGGGUCCCGGGAGUUAUUGCUAAAAAAUAUUUGACUCGACGUCCUUUAAUCAUCGAUACCAUUGAUACUUAUCUACAAAAAAAUGGGCCUCCAACUAUGUUUCUCCAAGCUGCUAAUACUGAUACUUUCAAUGAUCAUUCUACUGCGUCCUUAAAACAUAUUAAAAGUAUUUUCGAUAGUAAUAACAAAAUCACCACAAGUUCAACUACUAAUGGUCCGAAACUUACUAGUACAAGAAGAAUUAAAUUUUCUGAUCAAGCCAAAAUUCACUCAAAAUUAUCUUCAUCGUUAUCAGAAAGAUCACCUAGAAUUAUCACAUCAAUAAAUAGAGCGACACAUCGUCAUUCCGAGACAUUACGUGCAGCAAUGGACAACUUCAAAUCACAAGCAAGGUCGUUGGAUGGAUGGAAUUUCUAUUCGAAUGAUAAAGGUGUUAAAAUCUACUCCAAAGAUGUUGGCGGUAAAUCUAUACCAAUGAUACGAGGUGAAUCAAGAAUCUCUGGUGGAUUUACUGUAGAAGAUAUCUUGUCAAUUAUAAAUAGCGUAGAAAUGAGAAAGAUAUGGGACGAGAGGUUUGAAGAUAGUGUUGUAUUGGAGAAAUUGAAUCACUUUGAUAGUCUAGUCAAAUCUGUGAUAAAAGGUUCAUUUUCGAUAAGUGGAAGAGAUUUGUCAUUGGCAUCUACGAUAGAAUAUGAUUUUGAGACUGGAAUAGUUAGAUAUGUAUCAACAUCAGUAAUAGAUCCAUUGAUCCCAGAGACCAAAAAAUAUGUCAGGGCACAAUUAGAUUUUGCAGGUUUUGAAUUUGCAUCAAAGUUUGAUGAUGAGGGAUUUACAAAAUAUGUGGAUAUAAAAUACAUUGCGGACAUUGACGCCAAAAUUGACACAGUUCCAUCCAUAAUCCUCAGACAAGUUUCCAUUCAGACUCCAAUUAUACUUAACAGGAUCGACGAGUUGUUACAAAAAAGUGGAUUCCCGCCCUAUGUUAGAGAAUCGACAUCACAAACUUCGAUGAAAUCGUGUGUGGUCAACACGAAAACAUUUGAAUGUGACAUUGAAGUAGUAGAUGUUUUUGGUGGUGCGGUCACCGAGUUAAAAACUUCAAGAAAGAUGUAUCCUAAUGGAUAUGAGUUAACUAUCAAACCUGAAAAUGUAAAGGUUGAAUUAUUACCGAGCAAAUUUGAGCUUGUUCGUAUAAUGUUUCCAACUGGAAAUGAUUAUACAAAUAUGUUGAAAAUUAAAAUCAAAAGAAAUACAUCUAAAGGAGUAGAUUUUAUUUAUAAUGAUUUUAUUAGAAUGCCAUCGAUAUCUACAUCACCACCAUCAAUACCACUACCUCCGCUUCCAACAUCUGCAAUUGUAAGCAAUAGUAAUAAUAUAAUUAUUGCAAAUCAUCAAGAAACAUCUACAUCCACAUUGGCUGGACUUUUAAAAACCCAAUCAAAGAGUAAUAAUGAUAACAAUCAAAUGUUUAGACGUUUAACCAAUGUUACAACAACUACAGAUGAAGAAGGAAAGAGCUUCCAAAGAAUUAGCAUUAAUAAUUUAAAUGAUCAUUUUGCAUCAUCCAUUGAAUCAUCCAGGUUUAAUGUAAAACAAGCUGGAUUAAUGUUUGCUUCAAUGUUGUUAAUGUAUUAUGCCGGAAAACUUGGUAUUAGUAUGUGA